GCGCGGUUGCCAAGGCGACGCCUCCCUUCAGCUGCAUCCCCGGAAGUGAGCGAGGCGCCGGGCCUGGCAAGACCAUGUCCUUCUCUUGUUUCUUUAACCCUCUCCAUGGCUGCCUAUUGCAUGCCAACGGCCACGGAGAAGUGUGGACAGACUGGAACAGCACGGCCAAGUUCUUCCAGUACGGAUGGCGAUGCACCACCAACGAGGACGCAUACACCAACAAAACCCUUUUGGGGAACUGGAACGAGGAGCGUUACGAUAUCCGGAAAGUGCUUCAGGCCAAGCCCAUGCCUUCCCAGUAUGCCCACUGCUUUGAAUCCACCUACUCCUCCGACUAUUCCAUGGAAACACCUCGCAGCACUAGAAGAGUUACGCGAGAGGCUCACUGGUUCCCUGGACACCAGCCGGAGCUGGAGCCGCCUCCUAUCAAGCCAACAGCUCGGUCGUGUUACAUGAUGGAUUAUGAGCAUCCCUAUCGCAAGGAAGAACGCUGUGUGGAUGAGAAGUUGCCCAAAAAACCAGAAGGAACAACACACAAACAGUAGGUUCGGAGGAGGCUCUAGCGUGCCUUGGGACAACCCGUAUGGCCAGAAAGACUGCUUGCAAGAUCUGGAUGCCCUUUCUCUUCUUUAAAGGCUGGACUGCUGGGUAGGGACUCAGAAACUGUGUCUGGAAAUAAAAAUGUGCACCAAAGGUAGGAGGUGAUUCUUCCUAAUUCUUCCGUUAUUUCCUAAUGUUUUUAAUCUGUUUUCUUUUGCCUUGGCAUAUUGUGUGAAGCUCUAUCCAUUAAAGGUGUUUGACUGUG